AUGAGGUCGGAGAAAGUCACCCUCAUUAGCCGUGACGGCGUCAAUUUUGAGGUCGACAAAGCCGUCGCCAUGCAGUCUGGGAUGAUCAAACUGUUGUUCGAUGGAGUCAGAUAUGAUCAUCGCCUCCACAUCCCCGUCGAUGUUGACAGCUGGAUCCUCGAUCCAGUUGUCUUCUACCUAAAGAAUAGUUUGGCCGGUCAGAGAGAAAAGAUUUUAAUUGAUCAUGGGUUAGACGAUCUGCUUGGCCGCAAGACGAGAUACGCUGCUGCUGCGGCUGCUGCAGCCGCUGCUGUCGUUGAUGUUGAUAGGGAUCUUCGUGAGGUUCAGAUCAAGAGGUUGGCGGCUAAGGAGAAGCACAAUCACUGGGACGCGAUGUUCGUCAUGGUCGACCAGAACACGCUCUUUGACCUCAUUCGAGCCGCAGACUACUUGGACAUUCCGGAGCUGCUGGACCUCACCAAAAAGGCACUUUUUGAUAGGUUCGGGUGGGAGAUAGAGAUACCCGAUGAUAUUUCUGGGAUUUUUGACUUUAUCUCGGAGAGGGAGGAGUUGAUCUGAUUCCGUCUGAAGGGAGAGGCUGUAGUUUUCUGUAAAUAUGUUUUAGUUAAGAGUAAACAACAUUUACCAACCCAAGGUUUAGCCAAUCUCUAAG